ACCAAAAUAAACAGCAGCUCACAAGAACGACAAUGCAAACCCAAGCAUCAUUCCCCUGCUCUUUAAUCACACAAAAAAUUGUAUCACUCCUUUUCACAAUCCUCCUCCUUUUCGAACAACCAUCCACCGCCAAGAAGCACCACUCGCCAUGCCCCCCUUCUUCCUGCGGCCAAAUCCGCAACAUAACCAACCCAUUCCGACUCAAAGGCGACCCAAGCCACUGCGGCAACAAAAGGUACGAACUCGAAUGCGAUAGCAACAACGCCACAGUGCUAACUCUCUUCUCAGGUAACUACCACGUGCACCACAUCGAUUACAAGAAUUACAGCAUCAAGUUGAGUGAUGCGGGUCUCAGCGACAACGCUAAUUGUUCAUUUAUCCCUCGCAAUUUCUUAUAUGAUAGCAGUUUCAAGUUCGCCGUCGGCCCCGACGAUUUCGGAUCGCAACCGUUCACUUUAAACAAUUUCGAUCCAGAUACAGUAGACACUUUCGAUCCAUCAAGAGUAGCGUAUUUUAACUGCACUGAUGCAGUAACUGACGACGCUGCAUAUGUGAAGGUAGAUAUAACCGCAAGUCGUUGUAGUGCCUUGGGCUUAGGGCAUGUGUAUGUAAUGGUGGGAGCAUCGUACAGUGUGACUGAAAUCAAGGUUGGGUGCAGUUUGAUGGUGGCUACGCUUACGGAUAAGGUUCCGGCGGAGAUCGGAGAAGGGAAUAACAACGUUUCUUAUGAGGAGAUCCGGAAGGUGGUUGGCGAAGGGUUUAGCGUCUCUUGGUUGCCGGCGGUUUGCGAGGAGAAGUGUGGAAAGAAGACAAAUUGCAAGGUGGUCAAUGUUUCGACUGGAGAAGUCCAAUGUGACAGGCGCUAUUGCCACUACGCUUACCAUACAACCGAUAAGUGCGGAAUUGCAGAACAGGCUAUCGGUUAUGCUCGAGCUUAUCUCAGAGGCAUUGUAUUUGGAUUAGGAAGUAGAAUAACAUUCAGCACAAGAAACCUGGGCAACCCAGUUGGGCUGGAGUAUUUUGACGGGGGAAUAUUCAUUGGUAGAAAUAUUAUACCAGUAAUACUUGUAACUAGAUACGUACUUGGAGUUGCAGUUCUACUUUCAGUAUUGAUCUACAUAUGGCGACGAAGACAUUGGUCAAUAUAUGGAAACAUUGAACAUUUUUUGCUAGACAGCAAUCUAAAUCCCAUAAGGUAUGAAUACAAAGAAAUCAAGAAAAUGAGUGGUGGUUUCAAAGUGAAAUUGGGUAAAGGUGGCUUUGGGGCUGUAUACAAAGGAAAACUUCGAAGUGGUCCUGAUGUAGCGAUAAAGAUAUUGAACGAAUCCAAUGCUAAUGGCCAAGACUUCAUCAACGAAGUUGCUACAAUUGGAAGAAUACAUCAUGUUAAUGUGGUACGUCUUGUUGGAUAUUGUGUCGAGAAGAAAAAGCGUGCCCUGGUGUAUGAAUUCAUGCCUAAUGGAUCAUUGGAUAAAUACAUUUUCGCCAAGGAAGGGACUUUGCCUUUGAGUUACGAGAAGAUGUAUGAAAUAUCUCUUGGAGUGGCUCGUGGAAUUGCGUAUUUACAUCAAGGUUGUGAUAUGCAAAUUCUACAUUUCGAUAUCAAGCCGCACAAUAUUCUUCUAGAUGACAACUUCGUCCCAAAGGUGUCUGAUUUUGGACUUGCAAAGCUAUAUCCUGUGGAUGAUAGCACUGUCACUUUGACUGCAGCAAGAGGAACUUUAGGCUACAUGGCUCCGGAGUUGUUCUACAAAAACAUUGGAGGAGUAUCUUAUAAGGCUGAUGUCUAUAGUUUUGGAAUGCUUUUGAUGGAAAUGGCGAGUAGGAGGAAGAAUUCAAAUCCUAAUGCCGAUGAAUCAAGCCAAAUUUACUUCCCAUUUUGGAUACAUGAUCAGCUUUAUGAAGAGAGAGAGAUUGAAAUCGAAGAUGCCUCAGAGGAGGAAAAGAGCCUAGUCAAAAAGAUGUUCUUAGUUGCACUUUGGUGCAUACAGCUAAAGCCUAGUGAUCGUCCUUCGAUGAACAAGGUAGUAGAGAUGCUGGAAGGGGAUAACGACGGCAGUCUUGCAUUGCCUCCAAAGCCUUCUUUCUAUUCACAUGAAGCUUCUAGAUAUGUUAAGGAGGUCAAUUCCAACCAAGCGUCGAGCAUGGAUUCCUCUGGUACUAGUUAUCUUGGUGAAACCACAACUGACUAUUCAAUGGAGGAUGAUGAUUAACUAACUAGAACAGAGCAUAUCCAUUUCAUAUAGGAUUAUGAUUAUGUUAUGGCAGUGAUAUGAGUUCUCCAUGUUUGAUGAGAUCACAGAUUCGUUUUUUAUGGCAACAUAAUUGUUGUAUUGUUACCAAGGACUGUGUAGUUUAUCUCAUUCAAUUAGAUCUUUUAGAAUAAUUUUUUGGGUGUGAAUAUCAUUUUGAAGAUGUUGUAAUUUUUAGAACAUUCAAGGCAUAAAAGCUGUAUAUUUUCUUUUGAGUGCUGACAAAAGUUGUAUAUACAAAUUGUAUAAUACUAAUCGAGUUGCUGAUGCGUUAGCUUG